AUGGCUCCGAGCAAGAAGACCGCGCCCGUGCCGGCCGCCAUCAAGGCGAAGCAGCCGAAGAAGGAGGAGAAGGGUCCGUCUAACCCGCUCUUCGAACGCCGCCCGAAGAACUUUGGCAUUGGCCAAUCGCUUCCGGUCAAGCAACCGCUUAACCGCUACGUGAAGUGGCCGAAGUACGUGCGCCUUCAGCGCCAGCGACGUGUGUUGCAAAAGCGCUUGAAGGUGCCGCCGGCCAUCAACCAGUUCAACAACACGUUGGACAAGAACUUGGCUACCAACCUGUUCAAGCUCCUCAUGAAGUACCGCCCGGAAGACGCGGCGCAAAAGAAGGAGCGCCUCACCGGCAUGGCCGAGGCCGAGGCUGCGGGUAAGGAUGUCGAGAGCAAGAAGCCGGUUGUUGUGAAGUUCGGCAUCAACCACAUCACCUACCUCAUCGAGCAAGGCAAGGCGCAACUUGUGUGCAUCGCCCACGACGUCGACCCGAUUGAACUUGUCGUCUGGUUGCCGGCUCUCUGCAAGCAAAUGAACGUGCCGUACUGCAUCGUCAAGGGUAAGGCUCGUCUCGGCGCCGUCGUUCACAAGAAGACCGCCACUGCCUUGUGCCUCACGGCGAUCAAGAACGAAGACAAGCUUGAAUUCUCCAAGCUUGUCGAAGCCAUCAAGGCUUCCUACAACGACGUGUUCGCCAAGACGCAACGCAAGUGGGGUGGUGGUAUUAUGGGUGUGAAGUCGCAAGCGAAGACUGCUGCUCGCGAGAAGGUUAUCGCUCGCGAACUCGCCCAGCGUGCCCAGGUCAAGGUCUAA